UUGUUAGCAAACACUUGUGUUAAAAGAAUAUUUAUAUAUAGGAAAGGUGAGGAAACAAUGGCUGUUAAGUUUUAUUCUCGAGAACAUGUCGAGUCAUGUAUUGGCAUGUAAGCACACUUUAAAAGUAAAGCAACUAUGCUAUGGAGAGAGACAGUAAUCGGGCUAAACGCUUUAACAUGGUCUAACCUGUCUGGAAAUCCGGUAUCUUAAGAUCAUCUCUUUCGUCUAGUUUUUUUAAAUACUCGUUGACAAUAUCUUCUUUCUCUUGUUGAGUCGUAGCUUCAUCUAGGGCAGAAUCCAGCUCACUUUGGAUAGGAAAUAAAGUAGAGAGGCUGGACUGGGACGCCAUGUUUCUAUCAACAGCCAGCCUGCUAGGUAAAUUCACCACUGCGAUUCAGACCGCUGCUUUCGACACUGUAAAAAAAAAACAAUAUCACCGGAAGGCUAUUUUUCACAGAAAUGUAGAUUAUAUCUAAAUAGGUGAAAAACCAGUCAAAUACUUUUUAGUUUUGAAAAAAGUAACCUUUGCUCAAAUAAUUAAAAUAAUGUGCUGAAUUGUGUUAAAUGUGCUGCUCUGUUUCUCUAUGUGUCUUUACUUUAUUCAGUGUUGUGCUUUGGUAAGCGCUAACAUGUCGAAACAUAAUAGUAUGAAGCUGAAGAAGAAACUAGCUCUAUAUCGUAAAUAUUAAUUAUGAUAAAGUAGUUCAGCACUCGCAAUUAUCCUUACAAUUUUAAAAGGAAUCUACUAUAAAUGUUAAAGUACUGUAACGUUUAUUAUUUUCGUCAACCGCGGGAUGCUAUCGAAUCCAAUCCCUGUGUUAUAACUGGUUAUAACGAGGGUUUUGAGGAGGAGGUAAUUGGACAAACCAAUGGUUUAUUUUUCUCCAAAUGUCACAAAAGGACGACUCUGAAGAUGACAUCUGGGAAUAUAAACCUCUGGAGAAGAAAAAGAAGAAGAACGAUUCACCGGCUGUAACUGUGACCAAAAGGUGUACUGUCAGAAAAACCUCAAAGAGAGACACUUCUUUCUCUCUCAAGUCAGCUGAUAGCAAAGUCAAGAAAGCUGAAAAUGGAGAUUGUGGGUCUGUUGUUAAUGGAGACAGCAGUUUAGAGGCUCUUGUUCUUCCAUCAAAGUCAUCCACUGCUAGGGACACAGUGCAGACAGACAAUGCUGCUGAUGAGGGACCACCCUCUGGAGACUUUUGCCCCAUGUGUCAGAUGCCUUUUUCCAUUUUGGUGGUACAGACUCAAAGAUGGCAUGUUGCUGAAUGUCUUGACACCCCCAGAGACACAUGCAAAGAAUGUCCAGAUGGCCUCCAGUGCUGCUCCACCAUUCCUAACCAUUAUAGGAAAUGUAACCACACCGUCCUGGCCCAAUGUCGAGCGAACGGUGACACAGCCCUCCUCAGUCUGUCCCAACAGGCAGGGACCAGCAGGGGGAGGGGCCUCAACUGUCUCCCAGGGCUGAUAAACAAUGAGGAGGAUGGCUCUACUUUAGAGACUUCCCAGGAUAGUGUUCUCAGUGUUUCUGUGUUAUCCACUCAUUGUAAUCUCACUGGAACACCUCCAUCCAAACGUACGAAUGGACUCAUGUUGCUGCGCUCACCUGGCCCAGAGGAUUUAAAGAAAAAGAAAGGCUGGUCGUCCUCUACUAAAACCAAAAAGUCUAUCAGUUCUUCCCAGGGAAUUAAACCAGAGCUUUCAUCCCCUCCUGUGAAGGCAGCGAGUGGAAGAGACACUGGUGACGGUUUAAUAAAAAGUGAACCUUCCCCUGACAUCGAUGAUGGAAUAUCUUACUCUCCUCUUUCCGAGUUUCCUGCAGAGAUGGAAGUCAAAAGCAGUGAAUGUCGGAAAGCUCUUUUUAAAAAGGAUACAUUUGAGAAUGAGGAUGAAAACUCAAAGGUGCUGUUUAACGACGGUUUCUCAAGUGACGAUGAAGUUCUCACUCAAUUUUUAGAUACUUUAGAAACCAAUAAUAAUGUGCCUUCUUCCUCUGACACCCAGCUGGAGUCAGUUACCUCAUCGCCGCCCACUAAUCAGCUAGCUGCUGAAAACAGAGCUCAUUCAACAGAUGCUGUCAGUCCAUGUCAAAGCAGCAUUCAGUCUCCUCAAAGUAUUGUUUUAGAGCGCCUCAGAGAGUCUCUUCUCAGCUCGGAUCAGAGCGGGCAUUUGGAAAACUUCACUGACAGCAGUAUUCAAAUUCCUCCAUCACAAACCUCCACUGUCCAAGGAUCUCAAAACAUGGCGCCACAGAAGGGCCAGAUCAAGGCAGGUCAGGCCUCCGGUAUGAAGCAGACAGAUAUUGGGGUGUUUUUUGGUCUCAAACCCCUCAAGAAAAAGGAGAAAGAGCCUGAAAGUGGACCAAAUGAACUCAACGCCACUUCUGUUCCAAGACUGGGUGAAAACACAGGACAGAGACAACAGAAGGGAGACAGGCAAAGAAAAAGUAAGGCUGCCACAGCUGUAGAUAAUAGUAAGGCUCAGGCUGAACCAGGUAAAGGUAGGACCAGAGGAUGGGGAGGAAAUAGGUGGACCAGGAGGAACGCUGAUGGAGAAGUAGAGCCGCCGCGUUGUCCCUUCUACAAGAAGAUUCCAGGCACAACGUUUACCAUAGAUGCAUUUCAGUAUGGGGAGAUCCAGGGCAUCAGGGCCUACUUCCUGACACAUUUCCACUCAGAUCACUACGGAGGCUUGACCAAGAAGUUCACAUUGCCAAUCUACUGUAACAGAAUUACAGGGAACCUGGUGAAGAGCAAACUGAGGAUAGCAGAGCAGUACGUCCACAUCCUCCCCAUGAACACCCCGGUCGCCGUGGAGGGAGUCACGGUGACCCUCCUGGAGGCCAACCAUUGUCCCGGAGCGGCCAUGUUGCUGUUCCUCCUGCCUGAUGGACAGACGGUCCUCCACACCGGUGACUUCAGGGCUGAUCCCUCGAUGGAGACGUACCCCGAGUUACUCAGCUGCAGGGUGCAGACGCUCUACCUGGACACCACCUACUGCAGCCCUGAGUACACUUUCCCCAGACAGCAAGAGGUCAUCAACUUCGCAGCCAACACCGCCUUCGAACUGGUGACGCUCAACCCUCGUACGCUGGUGGUGUGCGGAUCGUACUCUGUGGGGAAAGAGAAAGUCUUCCUGGCGCUGGCCGAGGUGCUGGGCUCUAAAGUGUGCCUCUCUAGAGACAAAUACAACAUCAUGUGCUGUCUGGAGUCGGAGCAAAUCAAACAACGUAUAACCACCGACCUGAAGGCCGCCCAGGUCCAUGUGCUGCCCAUGAUGCACCUCUCCUUCAAAAAACUGCAGGACUACCUGGCACGCUUCUCUGAAAAAUAUGAUCAGCUGGUGGCCUUCAAGCCCACAGGAUGGACCUUCAGCCAGAAGGUGGAAUCAGUGGAAGAUAUUCAGCCUCAUAUCAAUGGAAACAUCUCCAUUUAUGGAGUCCCUUACAGCGAACACAGCAGCUUCCUGGAGAUGAAGCGCUUCGUCCAAUGGCUUCAGCCGCUGAAGAUCAUCCCCACAGUGAACAACGGCAGCUGGGCCAGCAGGAAGGCUAUGGAGAAGUGCUUUAGUGAGUGGCUCUGCGAGGCUAAAGCUAACACCAAUUAAUUCUCAAUGAUUUAUGACCAAAAUUAUAUUUUAACUAAACUAAUGUUAUUACUUUAUUGAAGUUGCUUCAGAGUUCUGAGCUUUUACACUAACUUUGUAUUGCAGUGCGUAGGUGAACAUCAUGAACUGAAACACUACUAAUAAAAUAAAAUAAAAGGUUAAUAUUGCGGCAGUAAUCUUAAACAAAGUGCCGCGAGGGACUAAACAAGAGAAAAAACACUGGACGCGCAAAAACUCAGUCUUUCCAACACAGUAUGCGUUUGACCUUUUAUUUCCAAAGCAAAAAUGCAAUAUUCCAUAUCCAUAUACGUAUAUCCUUGUAUGCGUGCGUGCGUGCUGUCAACAAAAAUUGUCCUUCUCUAGCUCACUCCCCCAUCUAUUACAAAGUGCGCAGGUAAAAGCAACCGGAUAUAAGCACAAACGUCACCACACAAAUCCAAUGACACGCCCACCACCUAUAGUGACUCAAAAAACAUGUAUGUACAAAUGACAUCCUGUCUAAACAUCAGUCAGGCUUCAGAAAGCAACACAGCACCAUCACUGCCACAAUGAAAGUGGUGAAUGAUGUGGUGAGUAUUUUAGAUAAUAAGCAGAGUUGUGCAGCUCUAUUUAUUGACCUUUCAAAAGCGUUUGACACCGUCAAUCAUCGCAUUUUAAAGCAGAGGCUAGCUAGU